AUGUUGUCCCGUCUCAUUGAGCUAUCGGAGCGCGCUCCAAAAGACUUCACCCUAGCCCUAGGCUUCUCAAUUCUUAGCGCUCUUUACCUACUCCGGCGAUGGCUUCUCCCCAAGCCAAUCCCAGGUAUCCCGUAUAACGAAAAUGCGGUCAAAUCCUUCAUGGGCGACAUACCCGAGUUCAGAGAUGCUCCUAAUCGUCGAGAAUGGUGGGCGCAGCAACCUGCUCGUCAUCAAUCGCCUAUCGUUCAGGUAUUCAUGAGACCUUUUGGAGCACCGUGGGUCUUCGUGGCGGAUUACUUUGAGGCGUCAGAUAUUUGCAUGCGUCGAUUGAAGGAGUUUGACAGAAGUAACGUGACGUGGGAACAGUUCAACGGUGUUGUACCGGGUCAUCACAUCACACUGAAAUCAUCAGAUCCAAAGUUCAAGAAGAAUAAAGAAUUGAUUCGUGAUUUGAUGGCACCAACUUUUCUUCAUCAGGCGUCUGCUCCAGAGAUCCACGACAAGUUUAGUAGUCUUCUCAAGCUUUGGGAUCGUAAACUGGACUUAUCAGGCGGCAGGCCGUUCGACAUAGCUCAGGACAUCCACAACUCAGCACUCGACAUCAUCCUCAGUGCUUCUUUUGGUAUCGACUCUGGCGAUGGCCAGAUCGGCAGACAACUCGAAGAGCUCAAGGCGAGAACCGUUUCAGGUGGACAAGAUGACCUCUUCGAGUUUGAGGAUGUUUCUAUCGACGAAGAGCAGAGUUGCUUCACCACUCUUGCAGACAGUGUCGGUCUAUCCAUGAGGUCCCCUCUUCCCACCAUCCAUCACUUUCUCUACCGUAAUCUCUCGCCCAAGAUGCGAGGGGCAAGAGCGGGUCGUGAUAGAUUGAGGGAUCGUGAGAUUGCCAAGAGCAUUGAACGAAGAGAGUCAGGCCAGCCGCAACGCUGUGCUUUGGACAAUAUGCUUGCGAGAGAGGAUGCCAUAGCUGAGAAAGAAGGGCGCAAGCCUGACUACCGGAGUCAAACGAUCAUGAGCGAGUUGAUGGGAUACCUGGUCGCCGGACAUGAAACAACCUCCGCUGUUCUACGAUGGGGAAUGAAGUACUUGACUGCCAACCAGCGCGUACAGUUACUCCUCCGUGAAGCUGUCACCAAUGCUCACCCUCAAGCGACAAAGGACAACCGCGUCCCAACAACCGAGGAGAUCCUCAAAGCUCACAUCCCAUACCUCGAUGCCGUCGUUGAAGAGAUGCUAAGGCACUCACGUGUCGCCCCGGUUACCCUUCGUCAAGCCACAACCGAUACCCAGAUCCUCGGCCGCUUCAUCCCGAAAGGAACAACAGUGGGCUUCCUUGGCAACGGCCCCGGCGUCAUGAUGCCCAGUAUUCCAGUCAACACUAAAAAGCGAUCCGAAGCUGCUUUGGCACAUAUGGAGAGAACACAGCUCUUUGAUGAAGAAGACCUUGCGCAGUUCGUUCCUGAAAGGUGGCUUUCGACUACUGUGAACGGGGAGGGCAAGGAAGAGACGGUGUUUGAUCCGCAAAAGAGACCGUCUCAGGCAUUCGGACUUGGACCUCGUGGUUGCUUUGGCAAGAAAUUGGCAUAUAUCGAGAUAAGAAUAUUCCUGACAUUGUUCUUCUGGACGUUCAAGUUGGAGCCGGUUAAGCCUGAGCUGGCUACGGAGGAUGAGAUGCUCGCGUUGACGCGGUCACCAAAGAACGUGUACAUCAAGCUGGUGAAAGUGUGA